AUGCGGACCGUGCAUCGCAGGAUUCUAGAGGCGUUUGUGUGCGUCGUCUGCUUCUGCUUGCUCGGAUGGUGCCCAGCUGGCGCCUUCCGGUCGCCAUCCGCGGCGGUGCCACUGGCGGCUGCCGGUGGCCUUCAGACGCGUCCUUCGUUGCACGGCAGAGUGAUCCGCCGCAUUCCGGCCGUCUAUCAAGCGUCCGUGGAUGUGGAGGAACGAUCGGAAAAUGUGGAAGUGGCGUCAGAUGGCGGCGACGUCGCAGGCGGCUCCAACGCUGCUGCCGAGGAACCCAGGCCCCCGUUCGAAGACUUGGAGCUGUGCGACGAGAUCCGCGACAGCUUCAUGAAGUACGCGCUGAGCAUCAUUUUGGGCAGAGCGCUGCCCGACGCCCGCGAUGGCCUCAAGGUGGUGCACCGGCGCAUCCUGUGGGCGAUGCAGGAACUGAAGCUGAGUGCCUCCACGGCGUAUCGCAAGUGUGCCAAGGUGGUUGGAGACGUGCUAGGACGGUACCAUCCCCACUCUGAUAAGUCCGUGUACGACGCGCUGUGCCGGCUGUCGCAGCGGUUCAUGAUGCGCGUCCCGCUGGUGGACGGUCACGGCAACUUCGGGUCUGCGGACGACCCUCCGGCGGCCAUGCGGUACACGGAGUGCCGCCUGAGCGCGUUCAGUGAGAGCUUGCUGCUUGCCGACGUUGGUAGGGACACGGUGGACAUGCUGCCGAAUUUCGAUUCUACCGAGCUGGAACCAACGGUUUUGCCGUCUAAGGUGCCGAUGCUUCUGAUAAACGGUUCGUCUGGGAUUGCGGUCGGUUUGGCGACGAGCAUCCCGCCGCACAACCCGGAUGAAAUCUUGUCGGCGGCUGCGCUGAUGGCCCGAAGCCACGGCGACGUUGACCCCGAGGUGCUGAUGCAUAUAGUCCGCGGUCCCGACUUCCCCACGGGUGGUCACAUCAGCACCACGAUGGAUAACAUGCGCAAGAUUUACACGACCGGCAAGGGCAGCAUCAUGCUGCAGGCUAAGUUUUCGUACGAGGAACGCAUAAAGCCGCGCAACUCUAAGCGGGAGAGCGACAUUGUGGUGAACACGUACAGCAAGCUGUCGCACCUUACGUUUUCUGCUGGCAGCCGGGUGUCCAUCAUCGUCAACGAGCUGCCGUACAACGUCAGAGUGAGGGAUGUGUUGAUGUCGAUAUCGAAGGCCGUGGAGACCGGUAGCCUGCGUGGGAUCACCGACCUGCGGGAUGAGUCCGACCGCAGUGGUAUCCGUCUGGUGAUCGACCUCAAGAAGCAUGUGACCACCCACAUGGAGGUGGAGGAGAUUAUGAACAAGCUGAAGCGCAUGAGCGGGCUGUGCUCGUUCUUCAAGUGCAACUUUGUGGCGUUGGACAGCAGUGGCACAAGGCCGGUGCGGCUCUCGUUGUACAGUGCGCUGCGUAUAUGGCUUGACUUCAGGGUGCAGACCGUGAGGCGCCGAACCAUGCACUUGCUCCGGGAGGCCAAAGAACGGCUGAACUUGGUGAAGGGGUUCGUCAUCGCCUCGAACCACAUUGAGGAGAUCAUUCGCAUGAUCCGUGCGUCGCCGUCCCCGGCGGAUGCGCGCAAGGCGUUGGCCGACAAACGGUACGGAGCUCUGAAGGGCGAGCAGGCUUCCGCCGUGCUGCGCAUGACGCUGUCGCAGCUGUCCAAGAUGGAGCGUGAAAAGUUCGAGAAGGAGGAAUCCGCGCUCAAGGAGACAAUCGAGCGCUACAACAGUUUGCUCAACGAUGAUCAAAGCAUCUACGCGCUGAUCGCCUCGGAGCUGGAGAACAUACAGCAACAGCGUCGGAAGCACUACAACCUCAAACGGCGCUGCACCACGUUAUCUGUUGCGGGUCGCCCUAAGAUUAACCUUGGUGAUAUCCUGAGGGACGUCAGUGCACCACAAGAUGCAUCUACAGGCGGCGCCUCCGUGUUACCUGGCGAGGAAGACGGUGCAACUUCUGACUCUGGAUCGGACAGUGAGAGCCAGUACGACGAAGCGUACGACUACAACGGCGACGGGGAGAGCGAGUCGGAGGACGACCAGUCGUACCACAAGGACCCGAGCCUGCUGGUGCUCAACGACCUCGGUUGGAUACAGCGCAUCAAGUUCGACAACAUGUUCUUCACCAGCGGGCGUUCACGCUCCAUCUACUCUCCGCGUGUCUACCAGGCUCAGGUGGCGCAAUAUUCCAUAAACUCCGAAAGUGCGGAACCCGAGGAGUCGCCGGAGUCGCUUAAUGAGAAGGUGAGGCUGAACUACGCUACGUGCAAGCCUGGAGAUAUGGCCCUACUGAUUGGCACGGAUGGCAUGUGCGUCACCUUCCCGGUGUCUAAACUUCGAAUCUGCAGCCGUGGGUAUUCCAUGUGGAAGUCGCUGGGCGUCGAACGUACGGAGAAGAUUGCACAUUUCAUGGUGACCUCGAAGUUACGAUCUGGCAGCGCUGAAGAUGGCGACCACACUGACAAGAAGAAGCUGCUUUUGGAAGACCCUGAGGGUUUCCUAAUUGUGGGCUUCGCCGACGGCGAUGUCAGCGUGAUGCGUUCAAGCGUCCUGGAGGGCAUCCGUCUCAACAAAUUCGGUGUGAGCAAGAUGCGUCUGUGGAAGGAUGAACGCCCAGAUCCCGUUUUUGCGUUGCUUGCGGGAUCGAAAGAUGACAUUAUACUAGGUACAGCGCAAGGAUACGUGUUGCGUGUGCACGUAGAGACGCUUCUUCGCGGGUUGGGCAGCCGCGCCAGGACGCGCCGUAAAGUUAUCCGACUGAAGGAAAACGAUGUCGUCACUUGCGGCGCCUUGCUGGAACCUUCUACUGAGGAUCCCAACCUUGAGGACGGCAUUUUAACGGAUACUGCGUCGAAAGGCGCUUAUGGUCAUGAUCAGCCAGAUGACAGUCAGACCGACGGCAGCGCACCGGUCGCGCUAAAUGGUGCUGAUGAGGCUAUGCCGACGGGGCGUCACCUGAUGCUGCUGUCGCGAAGCGGCAAGGGGAAGCUCAUACCGGUCAGCGAGGUCAAGGUGAACCGGCACUGCGGGCUUGGUUACGACAUCAUGCGCAACUCUAAAUCCGCCGUGGACGCGCUGGUCGCAAUCGUGCCAGUGGAGCCGGAGGACCACGUGCUCCUGGUGAGCGAGGGGGGCAUUCUGGCGCGUAAGGACCCGUUCGCGCUGCGUCCGGGGCUGCGCCACCACAAGACGCGCAACUUCUGGUCGCGCAUACACGGCACGGACGUGGUCAAGUUCGCCGCUCGGAUUUGA